UGCUGGAAAGAAGAAACUCGGCGUCGUCGUCAGCAGUUGCAACGCGGGGCGGAGAGGCGGAACGCGGCGACGGAAAGCAGAUAUAUCUUUAAACUAGCAAGGAAAUAACGCCAAAGGAAACGCUCACCUGUUAAAUCGCUCUGCGCUGACAAGGCCUUCCCUUUCUGUCCCUGGAAUAUUCUGGAUCCCUGGAGGAUUUUUGCUGUCAUCAUGAUUAGAUUCUUCAGGAGACUCUAGCCUUGCAAACCCUCAUUAAAGGAGGGAAUUGGUUGGGUGUGGAGCCACGUAUACCCAACGUCAAUUAUAGCGGAGGACCCAAGAACCAUGUAGUGUACCUCUUCCAUCCACAGGGGGGCGGGUUAACUUUGUAGUUGUUUUUUGUACAGUUUUUUUUUUUUUUUUUUUUUGCUGGGAGUUGGUCUACAAGGUGAGCCAGAAAUGGUCUUGCACACCUCUCCCUACCCCAGUGCCUUCCUCAGCUUUCUGAGUGGUCUGUCUUGGGCCUUUGUUUUCCCUUGCUACUGGCUAUUGGAUCGCUUAUUGGCCUCUUGUGUAGCAACAUCACUAGAGAAACGCAGACGCUCUCAGGAUCCCUGCUCUUUCCUGGCACUUGGGGUUCUGAUCUCUACACCACUUUACCUGGUGCUGCUACUAGCAUCCUUACCCUUUGCCUUCAUUGGUUUUCUCUUGUGGGCACCACUGCAGAGCAUCAGGAAACCUUAUAUCUACUCUCACCAGAAACCAGACAAGCAUGGUGUGGAGCAGGGCUCUGCGGCUGGAACUGGGGCAGCACUUGCUGAGUGGCGUCCACAAGGACGCAGCUUUUGCUUUGGCAGUGCCAACGUUUGCUUGCUGCCAGACUCACUUGCACGCUUUAACAACCUAGCGGACACUCAACGCCGGGCUAGGGAAGUGGGCAAGCGAAUUCGGAACGGUGCCAGCAGACCCCAAAUCAAGAUAUACAUCGACUCGCCCACAAAUACUUCAAUCAGUGCUGUAUCCUUCUGCAGCUUGUCUACCCAGGGCUUCCGCCGGACCUCUUCUUUGGACCAUCGUCCCGAUCCUGUAGUCACCACUGAAAAUGAGACUGAGGCCUUAACCGAGUGUCCCAUUCACACCUCAGGAGGUACAAGUUCAGAUUGCCCCAUCCACAGCACUGGAGUCCAGAAUUCCUCAGAGUGCCCUCUCCAUCCUAAUGAAGAAGAGCAUGCUCCUGAUUGUGCCAUGCACCAGUCUUCAGAUUCAGAGUGUCCAGUACAUAGCAACAUAAUGCAGAACUCAGAAGAUUGUCCACUCCAUCCAUCUGGAGUGCAAAUCAGCAUCACCUCUCCUGAUUCUGAGCCGGCUGAGGCUGAAAAAGGAAACCAUCAAACCGGGGACGGGGACACAGGUAGUCUAGACAGCCGCACAGCCUCGCGAGAAUCCCUGGUUCGCUUCCAUGCAGCCGAUGGAGGGAUAUCUCCCAACAACACCCUUUCACAACACCGCACCUCAGUCUUCAAAAGACCAAUAGGACGCAAACGUCGUCAUGGAGACGAUGGCUUUGACCACGAGAUAUCUGCCUUCUUCCCAGCCAACCUUGACUUCCUCUGUCUUCAGGAAGUCUUUGACAGGCGGGCCGCCGAUAGGCUCAGGAGGCAGUUGCACCGCUAUUUUCCCUUUGUACUGAGCGAUGUAGGACGCUACGGCUGGAAAGGCUGUUGCUCCAGAUUCAAGUUCUUAAACAGCGGUCUCCUGUUGGCCAGUCGCUACCCUAUAUUGGAUGCUCAUUAUGAAUGCUUCCCCAAUGGGCGCAGCGAAGAUGCUCUGGCUGCUAAAGGAGUACUUUUUGCCAAGGUGCAGGUGGGAAGCUCCGCUCAGGACCAGCGUGUUGUUGGAUACAUCACCUGUACUCAUCUGCAUGCUAUUGAAGGCGAUGCGGCGGUGCGCUGCGAGCAGUUGGACAUGUUGUUGGAGUGGGGCGCAGAGUUUCGAAGGGUCACCUCGUGUCCCGCAGAUGAGGAGAAGGUGCUGGAGGAUCAGGUGGCCUUCGAUGUGAUCCUCGGAGACCUCAACUUCGACAACUGUUCCUCAGAGGAUAAGUUGGAGCAGCAGCAUUCGCUCUUCACUCAUUAUAAAGACCCGUGUCGUCUGGGACCAGGAGAGGACAAACCCUGGGCUCUAGGUACAUAUUUGGACACAAGUGGGAUCUAUGAUGAGGAAGUCAGUUCACCAGAGAGCCUACAAAAGGUGAUGGAGAAUGAAGAGGGCAGAAAAGAGUAUUUGGUGUUCCCCACAAGCAAGAACCAUUGUCCCAGUCAGAAGGGGCGCAAAAUACCCCUGAAGGGAAACGGCAGGAGAAUCGAUUACAUCCUUUAUAAAGAGGAAGGCCUUCACCAGGACUGGAAAGUGGAUAUAGAGGAGUUCAGCUUCAUCACUCAACUGGCUGGAUUGACUGACCAUCUCUCAGUGGCUGCAAGAUUGGUUGUGUCAACUGGAGAAGAGGAGACUUAGAACCCGGCCGUAAUUGAGAAAAAUCAAUGCCACGGAGAGAGAGGAGAGAGAGGCAAAGAGAGAAGUGAAUGAAAGGAAAAGCAGCAGGAGGAGGCAUUUCGUCCAGCUUCCUGACAGAUGAGGCAAGGGUGAUUGAGAAGGUUGGUAAAUCGUAAAAAACAACAACAACGGAUGACAUAAACUAGAGAGGGGGGUGAGGGAAGCUGAGAAUACCGACAUCGACUGAAAACAGGUGCAUGUUGUUCUCUGUCCACCCCUGGACUCUGCUUGUUUACAUCAAAACUGAUAAACAAAAGAUUUAACUCACCUUUGCACUUCUGAAGCUUCUCUGGGGCCCUAAAGGGGCGGAGGCCAUUUUCUGGUGCCAUGACCCAGAUUUUUGAAGGAAGGCUGUUUCAAGAUUGACUGUUCUGGUCGCCUUUGUACGUCGAACAUGUGUUUCAAGUUAGAUCUAUCCCUCAGCGUUCUUCAAAAGACCUCAGCAAGUGUCUUUCUUUUCUAACGUCUUUUUAAGGUUUCUAUGGCCUCGCGCCAUCUUUUUAGGGAGUUUAUAUACUGAUAUACAAUGAUGGCAUUGUAUGGCCUCAUCUAACACUACGUUAAACAAUGUUUCAGAUACAGUGACCAACUACCGGAUGUGACCCCCAAACCAUUGGUAGAUGCAUGCUUCGCAGUGCACCGCCAUGUUUGUCAUGGCCUGCAUGUUUGACGUGAACGCCCAGAUGCUAUUUUUCACUAAAAUCCCCAAUCCCUGAACACCGUCUUUUUCUUCUUGCAGUAUUGCUGUGGCUCCAUCACAGGAAUAAAGGUGUCAUUGAAAGGCGCCGCAGUGUUCACUGUUUACAUAUUUGAGCCAAGAUUGUCGUCCCCUGCAAAUGUUUACACACAGUUCCCCAAGAACUACCCCAAGUUAGACCCACCUAAGCUCGCUGUUCAUGUGUUAACACAACUGCUUUUAUACUCUCUGAAAGUUUCUGUUAUAAGUUGUUAUUAUUAUUGUUAUCAUUAUUCUUAUGAUUAUUAUGGUUCGUAGAUUUGACAUUUAUGUGCUUUUUACAAAUGACUACAUUAUUCCCCAUGAUGCAUUUUAUCUGCUUUUUUGCUGUAGUAGAGGUUUACAGCAGCCUAGUGUAGAGCUCCGCCCUGUUUUGACUGAAAAAUUAAUUGGCCAAUCAGUAUGCCUGUAGACGUGUUUAGCUUUGCUGUAACAGAUGCUGUGUUCUAUUCAGUUCUGAAUGUGGAUACUAAAAUACUGGAGCCGUUUGAGAUUCAGUGGCAAUAACGUAUUUCGCAUGGAAUGACAACGUGAAAGUAAUGCAUGUUAAACUACUCUGACUGAAAGUGUUUUACCAAAGUUAAUCAAAAUCAAAAACAUACAAAACCAACAUAGGCUUAUUCUGAAAACAUUAGUAGAGAUCGUAAUUAUGUAGCCAGAAGUACAUCUUUAAAAUGAACGCUACAGAACAAUAUCUGCUGACUACUUACCUCCAUAUGGACGGCUUUCUUGCUGUUAACAGUUUGUCCAGUAGCUACCAUGUACAUUGGCGGACUUAAGAUGCAGUGAGGAGUUGACCACAAUGAUGGUGUUCGAGUCUGAUAAAGAAUGGUUAUAGAAUGCGGGCAAAACAGAAGCCAAAAAAUAUGAUAAGUAAAUAAUGGUGAGAAUGUGGUAAAAUCUGAAAAUUUUAUCAAAUUCUUUUUCUGGAUUGAUUUUUAAAACUGUUGGUUGGGUUUAUAGAAGUUUAUAGAAGGUUAAUCUGUGUUUCUGAAAACACUAUUGGUUGGGUUAAGGGAUGGAGGAUGGUAAGCCAGUGAUUCAGUCAGUCAAACAGUCAGUUGACAACGGCCUCUGCACUGCAAAAACACUGCACUGUUUCUAGUCCAAAUAUCUAAAAAAUCUUAAAUGAAGAAUUAUUUAGACAAGCAAAACAUAUUGUUUUGUUUUAAGAAAUAAUAUGCCAAAAUGAAGUGAUUUUUUCCUUAAAACAAGCAAAAUAAUCUGCCAAUGGGGUAAGCAAAACAAUGUUAUAUAAAAAGGAAAAACAAGAUUAUUUUACUCAAUAAAAAAAGAUGUGUAUAAGCUACGAUAGAAACACUUUUACCGAACAAAUUUCAGUAUGCACAUUAAAAAAAAAGUUGUUUUUUUUUAGGUCAUUUGGUGAUCAAAAUGUGCGUGAAUGGAUAAUCCAGCAGGCUGAGCACAUUGUAAAACAUCUGAAAUGUUGUUUUGGUCAUUGUAAUACGUCUAAUCAUUUCAAUAUUAAUGUUAUUAUAUUAUGAAAUACCUCCAGAAUAGUCAAGAGCGUCUGUGCUCUGCAUCUCAUGCCUUCAAACGCCACCAUGCAUACAUUGCAUGUCGACAGAGGCGCAAGUAAUGUAUUAAAUAAAAAAAAAGAUUCACGCAGCUUCUCCUACUGCAGCAAAUUAUAUUUUCAUAUUUGAUAUUUGGCGCCAGUUAAUCAGGAAGUGAUGAUUUUGUUUUCUUUGACUACUUGGAUGGAAACGCUGCUUUAUUUGCAAAUCUUUUUUGCGAUAUUACAGUUUUGCGCUUAAAUUUAUUACGCAUCUUUGAAUGGAAAUAUAGCUAUUUAAGUCAGAUUGUAGAAUAAAUGAUCUUUUUGGUGAAUCAUAAACAUACUGUAGUAAAACUAUAAUAGUCAGAUUCAUAAAUAAAUAAUUCUUUGAAUCUAAUAAAUAAAAUGCAGUAUGACAAUGGAAGUGUAUUUUCAAUAUGAAUAAUUAUUAUGAUUCAAAUCUUUUUGGAAACAUGUCAAAGUCUCUUUAAGACAAGUCAUUUCACUCGACAACCAUCUUUGAAACACCACUCGGAAUCCUCAGUCUAUAGCUAUAGCUGAUUGGCUCCUUUACUAGUAGACAGGGCUUCAUUCGCCAUAUUGACCGUUACAUUUUUCCCCAUUCAAAACUAGAUGAGUGACACGUCUUGUGUCUUCUAUAGUCGUUGAACUCGCUUUCUAAAUGAAUUACUUAUUUAAGUGAAAUAGUUUUUUGUGGAUCAAAAACAUAUAAUACAGCCAUGUUUAAUCUAAGAUGAAUGACCCUAACCCUAAUGUUUUUAUUUGAUUAUUUUGGUCAAAUUAAAAACACAUAGCCCACUGUAAGUAUUAGAUUGAUUUCAGUUUAUAGCAGUUGCUCAUUAGACAAUGUGUAGGUAAAAUGACAAGUUCUGAGUUUCGGAGUAUAGUUUUUUGAAGUAGUGUUUGUGGUUGUGGUUGGAAGGCAGAAAUAGGAACAUCCCAUUAAAAGUUUGAAUAGAACACAGCAUCAAUCCAGUGCCGAUUCACCCACCCCGCCACUAAUGUUAAUCUAGCGUAUCGUUCUUUAAUCAGGUCAGUGUGCCAUAAUAAUGAACCCUAUCCAGAUUCACAGUACUUAUGCUUAUAAGGGAGCACAGGGUGCAGUUCAGAGUUUCUCAUGGUAGUGAAAACCCUUGUUCUCAAUCUGAACUCUUUCUAUUGUAACUAAACUGCCAUUGUUUUCCAAGGUCAGUGUUUCAGGGUCAAGCAGGAGAGCUGUAGUACAGAUGCAUGCAGUGAAAUAGUGAAGCUUCACCAUUUCUCACUCUCAUCGCUGUCCAUUAAGAUCUUACUGUUCUCUAUAUUGUUUUUUUUGAGACUGUAUGCGUUUUUUGUUGUUGUUUCUCUUUUCUUUUUUUAAUUUCGAGGAAUUUGGCUUGCUAUAAGCUUUCGGCUGGUCAGGUUUUCAAGAGGAAAAUGGAAAGGGAAAAGCUUUCUCAGUGUCAGCUCUUUAUAAAUGCAUUUUGGUUCUGCUUUUUAUUAAAAAAAUCCCUCUUUGA